GGUUAAAAAAAAUAAAUAAUACAUGUCACAUACAAUGGAGAAAGAGAGAAGUGAAAUGGUGGAAAUUCAACAACUGGAAAGUGAUUUCGAAACAGCUUUUGAAAGAGUAGUAGUGAAGGGGGAGCCAACUGAAAGAUGCAAUGGUGUUGAUGCAUAUUCAAUGGAUCAUAUCCAUCCAGAAGAUGGUGAAGAAUAUUUAAAGGAAGUAAAGAAGGAAAAAUUAGACUCAGAACACAUUCAAAUCGAUGUAGAUAUUAGUAAUUUCGAAGGAAUCAGACGUAAAACUGUCGACGAAGAAACAUGUGACAGUCCAUCGGAAUCCAACUGUAAAGAACAAAAUUAUUCGAAAUCCACCAGUGCUGAAGGUCCUUCAAAAUGUCUUGUUGCAAAGGAUGCUUUGGUUGGCUCUCUUCGUGGAGGGAAGAAAAGAUUUCAGUGCAAAACCUGCUCAAAAUACUUCAAUCGUAAGGAUAACUUAUCAGUUCAUGAGCAGAUUCACUCGAGAAAAAUAGUCCAUUGUAAUAUCUGUUCCAAGUCCUUUAAUCAUGAAAAAAAACUAAAAACCCACGAGAAGAGUCACUUGGGAGAAACACCAUUUCAUUGCGAAAUCUGCUCGAAAUCCUUCAAAUACAAGUGUUUCUUGAAAGUUCACGAAAAACUCCAUUUGGGAAAUAAACCAUUUUCCUGCAAGAUUUGCUCAAAAUCUUUCACCCAGCUAAGUUCUUUGAAAGUUCAUGAAAGAAUCCAUACUGGAGAGAAACCGUUCAACUGCAAAUUCUGUGAGAAAUCAUUCAAUCAAAAUAGUAUUCUGCGGCGUCACGAAAGGGUUCAUACUGGUGAAAAACCCUUCCAGUGCGAGAUUUGCUCAAAGUCUUUCAAUCAAGCGCAGAACUUGAAAAGUCAUUUUCUGGUUCAUACAGGACAGAAACCAUUUCAGUGUAAAGUCUGCUUGAAAUCAUUUAAUCAAAGAGGUAUAUUAAGACGCCACGAAAGUAUUCAUGCAGAAGAAAAGGCAUCUUUGUGAAAGAAUAGAUGAAUGUCAUAAUCCCUAUGAAAAAAUUUCUGAAAAAUAAUGGAUGGCUUUCCACUGAAUUGGUUGAUAAAGC